AGCAUAAAACUCAUGACAUACACAAUAUGUUCUUUAAUAUGUAUUUAUUUGAAUAUUGAGAAUAUUUCAUAUUUCACAGAAAUAUUUUCAAUGAUAUUUAGUUAUAUAAACGGAAUGGGUACUUGUAGGUGAUGCAUGUGAAGAAAUAUUUAUUCAGCAAUUAGACGAAAACGUACCAUAUAUAUAUAUAUAUAUAUAUACUGCAAAUUUAUAAAUGAAAUUUUCAAUCAGAUAAUUAGGUUAUUCAGAUAAUUUCAUACAAUUAACGGUUACAUUUUCUUUUUAUUUAAGAUGCGUAAAAAUGUAUAGUGCGUGUAUUUUUCACUUAUCAAAAAAUGCAUUUCACGGCAUCGUUAUUUCUUUGGUCGUUGGCUAAAUCAAUGAUUUUAUCUAAUUUACAAGUAAGUUGUUUAGCUGUGCUUAAAGGUACUAAAGUGGCUAUUCGGUUCGAUAAAUUCGAAUGGAUCAUACACAAUAAGUUCGGACAUGUAAAUGAAGUUUACGUCAGUCAAUCGAAUGGAUCCGAUCUUCUUAACGUAGCAAUAACGUUUAAUUUUAAUUUUAUUAUACAAAAAUUAAGUUUUGAAAUAAUAAAAUGCAAAGAGCAUUACAUAGAUUGCGUGAAUUACAGAACUCUUGAAAUCGCACAAUUUUGUGGGAAUGAAAAAGCCAUACUACAUUUCGUCAAAAUAGGAUACAUUAACCGCGAGUUGAUGUGUACAAUUAAAAAAGAAUUAUAUAUGAUGAAAAAUGGAACAAUAAAUAUAGAAAACGUAGUUGGAUCGUUUGCGCUUUCGUUCGAUAAAUGGUGGGAAAAAUCGUGGAAAUGGAAGUUCAAUUUUUUUUCUCACAACGACUCAUUUAUUAUGCAGUCAAACGGACAGCUCCGAUACCUACUUUUGAGAAGCCAAACUUCUAGAUAUAGUAGAUAA